CACUCCAGCGAGCAAAUUUAUGAUUGCUGCUUUGAAAGAAAAUCCAGCAUAUAUGUGAAAAAUAAUGUUGCUGUGAUGACGUCCUGUUCUCGGGUUCCUCAUUUAUGUCCUGGAUUGUAUUGUAUUAAAGCUGGUUGUGAAUAAAGUUUUUAUUUUUUUUAAACGGUUGACGCAAAGACGACGGUGAAACGUCAUCACGUCGCGGCUCCUCCGUCGGGUUUCUGCGGGAAAACGAACGUGUUGAGAUGUUUUGAGAGGUUUCAGCAGGCCGGUGUUUCGUUUCUACAUGAAACCUGUGUUUAAAUAAUUCAGGUUACUAUGGAGCCCAAGGGAGCUGAGUCUCAGCCAUCCAGUGUGGGGCCGGUUGAGGUGGUGAACUCUAUUCGGGAGCGAACGAUCACAGAGAACAGCAUGGUGAUCCUCCUGCAGGGCCUUCAGGGAGAGGUGACCACGGUGGACCUGAGGAACGAGAGCACGGCACGUGGACUCGUGGUCAACGUAGAUGCCUUCAUGAACAUACGCCUAGAGGACGUGUUGUACCGGGACCGGCGGGGUCAGCUCACACAGCUGCAGGACCUAUUCAUCACUGGCAGGAACAUCCGCUAUGUCCACAUCCCCGACCAUAUGGACAUAAUGAAGACCAUAGAGAGCCAGCUGGCCAAGAUUCACCGCGUCCGCAACUUUGGCAGUGAAGGCGGAGGCAGGAAAGAGUUUGCCAAGAAAACAAAAUGACUUUUUUUUUUUUUAAAUUUGGAAAAGACGCUGCUUGUGUAAGGUUCAGAGAUUAGAGGACAAACACCAGUCUAGACCAGUAGUUUACAUCCUGAGGGCCCACAAAGUGACUCCAGGGACAAGAACAGGGAGAGAGAUCUCAGGUACAGUAAGAUAUAGUUACAGUCCUCCUUUUCGUUGUAAAAUACUGGAAACUGUCUUUAGUGCUAUAAAAACCGAACAGCUUGGAACCUGGGAUGAAAGGCCACAAUCGGAUUGAUUUCUUGUAAGGAUCACAAACUCGAGAGGCUGGAGUAUGAUAUCAGUAAAUUGUUUAAAUGUUUAAAAAUAAAACUCCACAGACUAAUUUUUUUUCCCUACGUAAACACUGUAACAAUUCUUUUUAAUACAUUGCGGAUUAUUUCUUGGAUUAAUUAAUGCAUCUUCCUUGUAUCAACUCAAAGAAGCUCUUUGUUUGUCUUUUUUAUCUCAACCAGACUAUUUAGGGUUUUUUUUUAAUGAGACAUGAUGAAAAUGCUAAAAAAAAUCCAUCUCAGAAUAAAGUGAAAUCUUUUUGAAUAUAAUUAUAACAACUAAGGGAUAGAUCCUCUUUUGCACAAAGGGUUUAACUUAAACAACGCCACAGCUUCUCUCAUAUUUUGCUGACUUAGAAACAGUGAAGAGUCUUAUCUCUUAAACACAGAGAAUACCCUAAAGCAGUCACUUUUUGUGCCUUUUAAGGUGCACCUCCUCAUAUUUGUACUAAAUAGCAAAAAUACAGAAUAUCAUACAUUUCUCCUAAUUUUUAUAGUAUUUUCUACUCCUCAUUUGCAGAAUCUGGACACCUACAUUUUUUGGUGUGUUCCCACUUUAUUGUGACACUUUCCUGCAAUCCAACAACAAUCUUCCUGCCUCUGGUUCUGAGCGUAGACUGUAUAUAGAAGGUGGAUGUAGCUAUUAUAACAUCCCCGUUUCUGUUUUUUUAAGUAGGUUUCCCUUUAGCAGGAUUUAAGCAUUAGUUAACUUCUCCCACAGUUGUGGUUUGCUCCCCACAACAAAAUGACUCAACUUAUUAACCUCCUCACUGUCAUUCUCUGCCUUUUGAUGUGUCACUCUCUAAUAACUCCCUCCAGCCAGCAACUUAAUUAACUAUCCAGUCAUAACUUUUGUGCUAUUGCAUUAUUAAA